CGAGCUGUACCUGUGGCUAAAGUAACACUUCAGUGCACAGCCUAUACACAUUGAAUUUAUCUCCUAAUUACAAAUUGUUUAACAUGUUGUUAAACAGGUCAAUAUUACCAAUUUUGGAGUAAAUUUAGUGUCAUAAAACACAUCUUCCAGGGUGUCGCUACAGACAUACCAAGUAUAGUGCAAUAUGCUUCUGAAGGAAAGUUAUAGGGUUCCCGUUUAUAUAGUCUCCACUGUAUAUACAUAUCUUUAUCAUAACUGACAACGCAGACACUCAAAUCACUUCCUUAAACAAACUACCGAUAUACUAGGCUAGUAGUGGAUUUAAUUAAAACAAAAGAUCGCUAGAUUGAUAUAUUUACACCAAUAGAAAAUGUCCGAGGAAGCCGUGUUUAUUUCUCAGAGGUUAGACUUCUUGGAGUCACAGGUACAAUCUCUGGUUCAGGGGCAACAGUACAUUAUACGAAAACUAAACCAGCUUAUUAAAGCAGGGGGAAGUCAAACAGACAAACAACCUCCUAAAAUCAUCAGAAAAGAAAAAGGUUCAAAACCUUCAACAAAAGAUGUAUCUAAACUACUAAACUUAGCAGAGGCAUUGCAGAGAAACAUUGUGAGAUUUACAGAUGAUCUAACCUUCAAACAAACCAGCAUACCUGAUCAAUUAGUCGCCACUGGAUGUCUUAGCGAAGAUGAAUCUGCAACUAUUUCUUCGUUUCCUAGUGACAAAGACAAAGCACGAAGCCUAAUACGGAAAAUAAGAUCACGGGGACCUCAAGUUAUAGAAACAUUUCUAGACAUUGUUGGCGAGGAUCAUCAUCAUCUUAAGGAAGAAGUUUAUAAGACUCUAGACAUUAUCGUAAAUGAAGGCAAACAGAAACCAAAAUGCAUUAUUUGCAUUAUGCAACUGACUGUUGACCUGAAAGACAUUGGGGACUUUCUUUUUCAAGAAAAGCUCAUAUCUGACAACACACAUGGAGACAUCUAUGAGACUGAAAGUUUUCAUAAAAAUAAAUCACAAGUAUGGAAUGAAAUUUUAAACUCCAUAAACAAUUACGAUUCUCCAUACACAGCUAUAGAAAUAUUGAAAAAAGCCCUUCAUAAAAACUAUAGUCACAUAGUGGAAUAUCUAAAUGAAAGCCCUGAAAGGUCAUUUCUAUCAUGUUCUUGCUGUAAAAGACUCAGAAUAAGACAACGCCAGAAUAGAUCCGAUUCUACUGCCUUCUCAAGUCUUACAGACGAAAGCACAACCUCCGAACGUCCAAAUUUCAGCAGUUCUUUACGGUCACUAGACUCAAACUUACAGUAUGACAGUCAUGGGACCAGAAUACCAAGCUUAACAAGCAGUAUCACACCUAAACAACUUCAGGAAAUAAAACAGAUAUACCAAAAGGAAACACAGACUUCAGGUUUUUUCAACCCGCAAAGUGACUUAGAAAUUUCCGGUGAGGAGACAAACAAUGUUCAGAGUCCAGAAAAUAUCACUGAAUUCCAAGAGUUACCAAACACAGCAUGUAUAAAUCAAAGUAUCGCAAGAAUACAACUUAUGCAUAGUUCAAGUAUGGACAGUAACACGACUAUGUGUGAAGAGUUUACCGAUGAUUCUGUCAUUGAACAGGACCAAGUUUUAACUGAGGAGAAGGGAAAGCGAGAUACUACAGAUCAUAAUGAACUUGCUAAUGUCAACAGUGAUAUAUUAGAGGAAAUAUUUAAAGAACAAUCUUCAAAUGAAAACCAACAUAAAUAAUUCAAUAUAAUUUAAUGUAAAAUUUUGUCACUAUUAUGUAUAUGUACUGCCAAUUUAGGCUGUCAUUGAAUAUUGCGAUAUUGAUACCUCUUUGAUAUACAAGAUUCAACAUUGAUUCACAAUAUCACUACAAUUUCAUUAUAAAACCCAUUUUUUCUGGGUCUUGUGCAAAUAGUUCUCAUUUUGUUUGAAGGAAAGUCACUCUAACUCUUUUAUUCUUGGCUAGCUUUAACCAUGAAUUUAAUUUUUGAGAGGUCACAGAGAAAUUAUUACCAAGAAAACUUAUGUUAUUUAAGUAUAUUGUAUUUCUGAUGACUAAAACAGGUAUGCAUAACACUAUAAAUACAGUUUAUAACACUCAUUCAAAUGAUUUCUACUUUUUGCGAAGUAUUCAAUUUGAUAUAUUUAUUUGAUAUCAGCUUGUGAUAUAUAUCAAUAAAAAAUUGAUGAAUUAAUGAUCAAUGACUGCUGUUUGUUUGAUUGGAUUUUAGGUUGCACAAACACAGUAUAGGUCAUAUGGUGACAUUUCAGCUUUACUGGUGUAGGAAGACCUCAGGUGCCCUUUUGUGCAUUGUUUCAGGCAAGAACGAGCUCCUGAGUAGAACCACCGAUGUUCUUUAAGCUAGGUUAAUAGUCAAUGAUCACCGUACUAUAUAGUUUAAUUUUAUCUGUAUUGUAAAGAAAGAUUAGGCUUAUCCGGACAACUCAACAAUAAGCAUUCUUGAACUUAUUAGUGGUAGCGCCACAUGAGGAAACAUUGUUGUGGUCCCAGUAGGGCUGGAACCCAUUAUUUUAAUCACAAGAAGACACUAAUUAAUGGUUUGUUCAUCAGAAAAAGUUUUAAUAACAUUUCUAUAUUUGAUUGUUUUCGGUUGUAUUAUGGAUUCGAUAUUAUCACAGAGAGGAGAUGAAUUGUUAAAUUUUACAGAGAAAAUAAAGGUCAAUUCUAUAUAUUUCUUUAUUAAUAGUCUAUCUGUUUAGUACAACAAUAUAACCAGCAUACAAAAUUCUUCAGUCUUAGUUGUUACAGCAUAUUUUUCACAGAUUAUUCAUAGAUAUUUGUUUGUUUCAGUGUGAGAUUGAAAUAUUUUUCAACUCAAGAGGCUACAUUUACUCAGUUUUGCUUGUAAAGUCAUACUAACUUAAUCUAAUCAUAACAUCAUAAGUCAAUAUGUUAUGCAAAUUGAUAUGUAAAUUUAUUGACCACACUUCAAACAAUUUUUUUUUUUUAACAAUAAAACAUAGGCAUUUAUUAUACAUAGGCAUUUAUUAAAAGUAUACUUUUCUCUGUAAUACUAUGUUGUUUUUUUUUGUGUGUGCGAAAAUGAGCAGCAUUCGACCCUGCCAUGAAAAUAUAUAUUCCAGCCCCAUCCCCCCAAUAUAUUUCUUAUUCCCCCCCUAAAUGAUUGUAAUAAUUUUUGCUUAUUUAAAAAUAUUAAAAUUAUCCAAACAUCUUAAAUUGU